AUGUACCAAGACGCACCAGAAGAUGUAGAGGCUGACUGCAACCAAAAAUUCUGGGACUAUUUCAACAUGGAAGGUACAUCAAUGAUCAACGUCACUGAGGUUGUUGACACGACUAUACCUGCGCCUGAGCAGGGGUUCGUGGUGGGGGUAUACAGUGCGCUAUUGGCUGCCGGGGCUGUCGGCAAUGUGGGCGUGUUCGUGUCAUUGGUGCGCUCGCGCCGACGAAAGUCGCGCGUCAAUCUGUUGAUGACACAUCUAGUUGUUGCUGAUAUGAUCGUGCUGUUCAUUGUUAUACCAUUAGAGAUUGGUUGGCGGACUACAAACGCGUGGCUAGCUGGGAACCUGGCCUGCAAAUUCUUCUUAGUUCUAAGAGCUUUUGGGUUGUAUCUAUCAUCCAACGUUUUGGUCUGCAUAUCACUCGACAGAUUCUUCGCAAUCCUGUACCCACUAAGGCUACCCAUUGCAAGAAAAAGAAGUAAAAUCAUGCUCUCACUAGCUUGGAUCAUCGCGUUGCUAUGCAGCCUACCACAGAGUCUAGUCUUCCGUGUGAUGAGUCAUCCGAAAGUACCGGAUUUUCAGCAAUGUGUGUCUUUUGAAGCGUUUGCGAACCAACAUCAGGAACUUGCAUACAACGUGUUUUGUCUCGGAGCGGUGUAUUUUUUGCCGUUGACUAUAAUUUCUGUAUGCUACGCUUGCAUUUUUUACGAGAUUUCGAAGAAUUCUAAAGAAAAUUCGGAAAAAUACCACCAGUCAGACCACAGCAGAGUGAUGCUGAGGAGAUCCGACCAAAGACCGCUGGCUCGUGCUAGGAGAAGAACGCUCAGGAUGACCGUUACCAUAGUAACGGUUUUCGCUUGCUGCUGGCUACCUUAUGCCACCAUGACUUUAUGGUACAUGCUAGACCGUAAAUCAGCAGUCCACGUCUCAGCCAGAGUCCAGGAUCUGUUCUUCAUCAUGGCCGUCUCCAACUCCUGCAUGGACCCUCUGGUAUACGGCUCCUACAUCAUAGACCCGAGGACCUUCAAGAGGACGAUCAGGAAACUCUUCUGCAUACACGUUAGUCCUUCGGAUAUACCAGGUAUCACCGGUCCUGACCUGAGGACUAAAGUGAGCAUACGCCAACCUAGCAGGGAGACGACACAGUUGGAAAACAUACGUCUAACCUGCGUCCGUCGCCACAAGGUGCGUUUUGAGGAACUAUCAACGGUUCGUCCGAGCGUCAAUUCGGACCCAAUACCUCAUUGGGCGGAACAUUCGAUAGAUGACAGAGUAGUUAAAGCUGCUCGGAGCUGCGAAAUAUUCGUCCUACAUACCCCCAAAAGGAACUUCAGGUAGCGCUCAAUAAUACCUGGAACUUUCAUCCAGGAAAGUGAAUUUUAAACUCUAUUAAUUAGCAGUGAAAGUCUAUUUUUGUACCGCGUAGUGGCUCGAUUUGUAAAUAUAAGAAAACGGUUGUGAAACAAAAUAUUCUUAAAGGAUGUUGUUACGAGUUUGGGAGUGGUUACUGAUUAGAUUAAAUGGUGUUUUAAGACUAAAAGUUAUUAUGCAAGUAUGUGAGACCAUGACCAUCUUAGU